AUGACCUUUACCUUCUCGGACCAGGUGGUGCUGCUCUUUGACUUCUGGAGUGUCCACAGCCCUGCAGGGAUGGUGCUCUCAGUGCUUGUCAUCCUGCUGCUCUCCGUGCUCUAUGAAACGGUGAAGAUUGGCAAGGCCAAGGUGCUGCGCCGGGCGAUGCUGGCCCUCCCGCGCAGUCUCAGCCAGGAGGCCUUGGUGGAGCAGGAUGAGGACGGCGGCGGCAGGCAGCACGAUGCCGCGCAGGGCAGGUGGUUCCUGUUCCACGUCAGCCAGACCCUGCUCCAUGUCAUACAGGUGGUGGUGGGUUACAUGGUGAUGCUGGCUGUCAUGUCCUACAAUGCCUGGAUCUUCCUCGGUGUGAUCGUGGGCUCUGCGCUUGGCUAUUUUGUGGUGUUCCCGCUGCUCAACGUGGGCUAGACAGGCCGGAGGCCCAUCCUGGUGU